UGAAUAAAGAGAAUAUAUUGUUUUUGAGGGAAUGUUUAUAGUUUGAAGUUUUAACUUUUCAUUAGCAAGUGGGAAGAUUAUUGCAUUAAGAAAAGCUAGUUGUCCAGAUGAGGAAUAACUAAAAUGGCAUCCUUUGUAAGAUUGUAGAAUAUUUCAUUACAAGUGGGAUUUUAUUAAUUAUUUGGAUCUCUCCAUUAUGAGGGGAUGAGUAAGAAAGAGAGAGAGAGGGACAUAUUAAGCAAUGGGGAAGAAGGAAGAAACAAAGAGAAGAAUAGUAUUAGUCCCAGUUCCAGCGCAAGGGCAUGUAACUCCAAUGAUGCAACUCGGAGAAGCUCUUAACUUAAAGGGUUUUUCAAUUACAGUUGUUCAUGUGCAAGUCAAUGUAGUAAGCUCUUUGCAACACUUUUCUGGUUUUCAAUUUGUCACCUUGCCAAAUUCAAUGAGUGAAGUUGUGGGACUCGGUCAAAUUGAGUUUUUGUUAAUGCUCAACAAAACGAGUGAGGCAAGCUUUAGAGACUGUAUAAUUCAGUUAUUGCUGCAAGGCAAUGAUAUUGCGUGUAUCAUCUACGACGAGUUCAUGUACUUCUGUGUUAUCUUCAGCACUCAAAGUGCUACAAAUCAUGUUGCACGCUGUCUUGUUAGCAAACUCGAUUCAGAAAAGUUGUUGAUCGACAUGGAAGAUCAUGAAAUGCAAGAAAAGGUGGUGGAGAAUUUGCGUCCGUUAAGAUACAAAGACCUACUACCUUCAGGACUUGGGCCAGUGAAGCCAGUUUUGAAGAUUCGUCAAGAAGUAGUCAACAAAAGAACAGCUUCGGCUGUUAUCUUCAAUACAACGAGUUGUCUAGAGAGCUUGUCUGUUUCAUGGCUGAAACAAGAACUUGAAACUGAAGUGUACGCAUUAGGCCCUCUACACGUUGCAGCUUCACCACCUUCUAGUUUACAGGAAGAGGACAAGAGCUGCAUUGAAUGGUUAAACAAGCAGAAACCGAGGUCAGUGAUAUACGUAAGCAUGGGAACCGUGGCUAAAAUUGAUACCAAGGAAGUUUUGGAGAUGGCUUGGGGACUGUGUAAUAGCAACCAACCAUUUUUAUGGGUCAUUAGACCAGGAUCAGACGGGAUAGAGACAUUGCCAAAUGAAGUCAGUACAAUGGUCUUAGAAAGAGGAUACAUUGUGAAACGUGCACCGCAGAUAGAAGUACUAGGACAUCCUGCAGUGGGAGGCUUCUGGAGCCACUGUGGAUGGAACUCAACACUAGAGAGUAUUGCCGAAGGAGUUCCACUGAUUUGUAGGCCUUUUCAAAGCGAGCAGAAAAUAAACGCAGCUUACUUAGUGAGUGUUUGGGGAAUAGGGAUUCAGGUGGAAGGUGAAGUGGAAAGAGGAAAUGUCGAGAGAACUGUGAAGAGGUUGAUUGUUGAUGAAGAAGGUGUAGGGAUGAGGGAGAGAGCACUUGUUUUGAAAGAAGAGGUCAUAGCCUCUCUGAGAAGUGGAGGCUCCUCUUACCAUGCAUUGGAUGAACUCGUCAAUUACUUGAAGACAAAGUAGAGAUGCUAUUUUCCAUGUAUUACUAAAGACCAUUAUCAUAUUGAGUUAUGUGGAUCAAACUUGAUCUUGCAAAUCUGCAGAGUUCACGGUUUUUUUAAGAGUCAAA